GAACGGAUAUAUCGAACAUUCUCCUUUAAGGAGAAGGUCAGAGAAAACGGAAACAUGAAGAUCUGGAGUACAGAACAUGUUUUCAGCUACCCGUGGGAGACGGUGAUCAAGGCGGCGAUGAGGAAGUACCCUAACCCCAUGAACCCUAACGUGGUGGGAGUGGAUGUGUUGGACAGGAACCUGGACACUGAUGGACGGCUCCACAGCCACAGACUCCUCAGCACCGAGUGGGGCCUGCCCGGCAUCGUACGAGCGAUCUUGGGGACCGGUCAUACCCGGACGUACGUCAAGGAGCACUCCAUCGUAGAUCCUGAGGAGAAAAAGAUGGAGCUUUAUUCAACAAAUAUAACUCUAACCAAUCUGGUGUCGGUGGAUGAAAGACUGGUUUACAGACCUCAUCCAGACAACCCAGAGGUUACUGUUCUGACCCAGGAGGCUAUCAUCACAGUAAAAGGAGUCAGUUUGAGCAGUUACCUGGAGGGAAUGAUGGCCCGCAGAAUGUCAGCUAACGCCAGAAAGGGUUGGGAUGCUAUAUCGAAGAUCUUCUCUGUCCCUCCCUCUGUGUGUUAUUAUCUCUAUAGGGUUGGGAUGCUAUAUCUAAGAUCUUCUCUGUCCCUCUACUAUCUCUAUAGGGUUGGGAUGCUAUAUCUAAGCUCUUCUCUGUCCCUCUACUAUCUCUAUAGGGUUGGGAUGCUAUAUCUAAGAUCUUCUCUGUCCCUCCCUCUGUGUGUUAUUAUCUCUAUAGGGUUGGGAUGCUAUAUCUAAGAUCUUCUCUGUCCCUCUACUAUCUCUAUAGGGUUGGGAUGCUAUAUCUAAGAUCUUCUCUGUCCCUCAACUAUCUCUAUAGGGUUGGGAUGCUAUAUCUGAGAUCUUCUCUGUCCCUCUACUAUCUCUAUAGGGUUGGGAUGCUAUAUCUAAGAUCUUCUCUGUCCCUCUACUAUCUCUAUAGGGUUGGGAUGCUAUAUCUAAGCUCUUCUCUGUCCCUCUACUAUCUCUAUAGGGUUGGGAUGCUAUAUCUAAGAUCUUCUCUGUCCCUCCCUCUGUGUGUUAUUAUCUCUGUAGGGUUGGGAUGCUAUAUCUAAGAUCUUCUCUGUCCCUCUACUAUCUCUAUAGGGUUGGGAUGCUAUAUCUAAGAUCUUCUCUGUCCCUCCCUCUGUGUGUUAUUAUCUCUGUAGGGUUGGGAUGCUAUAUCUAAGAUCUUCUCUGUCCCUCUACUAUCUCUAUAAGGUUGGGAUGCUAUAUCUGAGAUCUUCUCUGUCCCUCUACUAUCUCUAUAGGGUUGGGAUGCUAUAUCUAAGAUCUUCUCUGUCCCUCUACUAUCUCUAUAGGGUUGGGAUGCUAUAUCUAAGAUCUUCUCUGUCCCUCUACUAUCUCUAUAGGGUUGGGAUGCUCUAUCUAAGCUCUUCUCUGUCCCUCUACUAUCUCUAUAGGGCUGGGAUGCUAUAUCUAAGAUCUUCUCUGUCCCUCAACUUUCUCUAUAGGGU